CGCGCACACAACCAAUCUCAAUUCUGAUCGCGGGCGCCGCCGCCGCCGCGCACGGUCCAUCCUCCGGUGUCUCUGCGACCGCCGCCCGGCUAAUUUGGUCGGAUGAGAUACGAUGCUGAGUCACAGCAUCGAUUUGACAGUGGUUUACGCAAGGUGGAGCAAUCCGGAAACUUGCGAAUCGGGUCAAAAAGAAAAUGGGUGACGUGGACUCAGUCUGCCCACAUCGUCGGUCUCUCUUCUGGACUUCCAUAACCAACAGAGGCCAUCAACUCUCUCUCUCUCUCUCUCUCUCUAGAAAGGAGAGUUUGGUAGUACCCAGUUUAAGACGGGCUUCCGACUAGCGCUAUCUAUAUAUGUAGUUCCCUGUCUUGGAAAAUUCUGGUACAGCCAUUGCGAUUACGGCUCUCUCCCUGCGUUUCUGAUUCCUCUGUUCGUGUCACUUGCAAGUGAAGAUUCGUCGGAGCAAGAACGACAAACUAAGCAAAAUGGCGGGGUCGGCGGUCGUGACGGCUCUGAAAGCUCUCUUCCUGGUGUUGGGUUGCUUCAUGGUGGCCACUCUCAUCUACACCAUCGCCGUCGAUGGCCUCCCUUUCCGCUCCGACCUCCUCACUCCGUGGAUGGCAGCAACGUUGGUUGACUACUAUAUAAAUGUUGUUCCGCUUGCGGCUUGGGUUUGGUACAAGGAAUCAAACUUUUUCAGUGCUUUACUUUGGACAGUGCUUCUUAUCUGCCUGGGCAGUGUCACAACGUGCUUCUACAUUCUUUUGCAAUUUCUCAAACUCUCACCUCAAGAAUCUUCACAAGAUCCCAUCUACCAUGUUCUGCUGCGGCACUCGAGCAAGGAUGGCAUGGAACAGAAGAAGCAGCAUUUUCCUGUUAUAAUUGCUAGAAUCACUUUCAUUGCUUUGGGUGGUUUGAUGCUGGUGACUCUUCUCUACACUAUCUUCACCAAUGGUAGUCCUUUCCGGAAAGAACUUUUGACUCCGUGGAUGACAGCGACGCUAAUUGACUUCUACAUCAACGUUGUUGCUCUUUCUGUUUGGGUUGCUUAUAAGGAAUCAAGUUGGCUUAGUGCAUUUGUGUGGAUCUUUCUCUUGAUAUGCUCUGGCAGUAUUAGUACAUGUGCCUACAUAGUGCGAGAACUCUUCCAGCUUUCUUCCCUGGAUCCACUCUACUUCGUCUUGUUUAACAGCGGUUAUAGGUAUGUCAAAUUGUCUCCGAGUUUAGAUUUCAGUUUUGUCAAUGCUAGUAGAGAAUUGCAUUUCUUCUGUCCCAAGAUAUGAUUCUCCAGAAAGGAUUGCCAUUGAUAUCUUUUUGAUAUCUCCAAAUCUUUGGGAAAAAGCUUCCGGGAAACUUUUCUUUGGUAUUAUAGGAGAACACAGCUUCUUUUCAACUUUCAAGAAGGAGUCAUGAGAAACGUACUUUGGCCAAAAACAAAAAUGUUCAAGUAACUUGAGCUAUAUUGGGAUCCCUUUACCUCGGGCUCUGGUCAUAUCAUAUGGGUUGAACAACCAGAAUUGCCUUUUGGUUUUCCAGCAUUGGCACUCCUAACUCUCCAUGCUUGGUUUCUCUCUUGAUUCAUACUGUUAAUUAAGGUUCAUGCUGAUCAUGCAGGCAUCCAUGAUGUAGUUUGCCUUCAACUACUAUACCAUAGUUUUGAUUGCUAAAAGGAAAACAUGAUGAGCAUGAUGCACGGAUUAUUCAGACGCAAACAAAACUUUGUUUAUUCCUCCAAUAGUUUUUUAGCAUGAAAGCACAGCAGAAAGAUGGAAACUGUGAUUUCUACCAUACCAUUAAUAAUUGCUUUGUCAUACCAUAUUUGUCCAAUGUAAUAUGGAAGAACAUGAUUAUCUUAAUAUCAUUACUAUUGAGUUUUCA